AUGAGUAGCUUCACCAGCACCCAUAUUCAUUUUCUCGCUUCUGAGUGCUACAAGUCAGUCAUUCCGUUAUCGUCUUCGUUGUCAUUUUCAAUCCCUUCCGUUUGCAGACGCAAAAACAAGGUCAAAUACAGCCGCCGGAGGCGAGGAAUCCAGUGCUCAGUUGCCGAGGGUCCAGCCACGGCCACUCCAUCUCUGUCUACUGGGAACAGCCAAUCGGUUUUGGACUGCGUAAUUGUCGGGGCGGGAAUCAGCGGCCUCUGCAUCGCCCAGGCCCUGGCGACCAAGCACCAAAACUCCAAUCUCAUGGUGACGGAAGCCAGAGACCGCGUCGGUGGAAACAUCACUACUGUCGAGAGGGAUGGCUAUCUUUGGGAAGAAGGCCCCAACAGCUUCCAGCCCUCCGAUCCCCUGCUCACCAUGGCGUUGGAUAGUGGGUUGAAGAAUGAAUUGGUGCUGGGGGAUCCAAAUGCACCUCGUUUUGUUUUGUGGAAUGGUAAGCUUAGGCCAGUGCCCUCCAAGCCUACUGACUUGCCGCUUUUUGACUUGAUGAGUAUUCCGGGCAAAAUCAGAGCUGGCUUUGGUGCUAUUGGUUUGCGGCCAUCUCCUCCAGGUCAUGAGGAAACGGUGGAAGAGUUUGUCCGGCGUAACCUUGGUAGUGAAGUUUUUGAGCGCUUGAUAGAGCCAUUUUGCUCUGGUGUUUAUGCUGGAGAUCCAUCAAAACUGAGCAUGAGAGCAGCAUUUGGGAAAGUAUGGAAACUAGAACAAAAUGGUGGUAGUAUCAUCAGCGGAACCAUUAAAGCAAUCCAGGAGAAAUCUAGUAGCCCCAAGACACCUCGAGAUCCACGCUUACCGAAACCAAAGGGCCAAACUGUUGGAUCAUUCAGGAAGGGCUUGAUAAUGUUACCUAACGCAAUUUUUUCAAGGUUGGGUAACAAAGUCAAAUUAUCAUGGAAGCUCUCAAGUAUCACCAAGUCAGACAAUGGACAAUAUACGUUGCUAUAUGAAACUCCAGAUGGGAUGGUUUCUCUGCAGAGUAAAAGUGUUGUAAUGACUGUUCCAUCCUAUGUGGCUAGCUCUAUAUUGCAGCCUGUUUCGGCUGUUGCUGCUGACUCAUUAUCGAAGUUCUAUUAUCCCCCCGUUGCCGCAGUGACCAUAUCGUAUCCGAAAGAAGCAAUUCGUGAAGAAUGUUUGAUUGACGGUGAGCUAAAGGGGUUUGGGCAGUUGCAUCCCCGUUCCCAAGGUGUUGAAACUUUAGGAACUAUAUACAGCUCAUCACUUUUUCCUAACCGUGCACCACCUGGAAGGAUUCUUCUUUUGAACUACAUUGGAGGAGCAACUAAUACUGGAAUUAUGUCAAAGACGGAAAGCCAACUCGUGGAAGCAGUGGAUCGUGAUCUGAGAAAGAUGCUAAUAAAUCCCAAUGCACAGGAUCCACUAGUUUUGGGAAUCCGUAAGUGGCCACAAGCUAUUCCACAGUUUAAUGUUGGUCAUUUGGAUGUUUUAGAUGCUGCAAAAUCUGCUCUGAAUGAUGGUGGCUUUAAAGGCUUGUUUCUUGGGGGUAACUAUGUAUCUGGUGUAGCCUUGGGCAGAUGCGUGGAAGGGGCAUAUGAAGUUGCAGCAGAGGUAACAGAUUUCUUGUCGUUUGUUCAAACUUCAUAG